AUGAGGGUCCUGACAACUGCACCAGCUGUGACAGAGCUUAAGUGCACAGGUCCAGAGAGAGAGGACUGCACCAAGUGCCCUGCAGCACGGUACUUUGAUGAUGGACACUGUGACAUUCGCUGCCAGUCAGGGCGUUAUGCAGUGGGCAGGCAGUGCCAUCUCUGUCACUACACCUGCCAGGAGUGCACCGAUGAGGGUCCUGACAACUGCACCAGCUGUGACAGAGACAGGUUUGGUGUGGCUAGGUACCUCUAUCAGAGCCAGUGCCGGGCUGUCUGUCCUGAGGGGUUCUUCCAUUCUGCAAGGAGACGGUGUGAGCCCUGUCCUGCAGAAUGCAUCAUCUGCACAGCAGCACAUCACUGCCUCCACUGCAGCCAAGAAUACAAACUCAGAAAUGGCCAGUGUGAGCGACUGAAGUGCAGUGAAGGCGAGGUCACAGAUGCAGAUAACACUGACUGUCUCCCUUGUGAUGAGGGCUGCGCGAAAUGUGAACGGAAGGAUUCAGGAGAGCAGAAAACUGUUUGCCUCAAAUGUGAAGAUGGUUUCUACCAGUUAGACACAGACUGUCAUCAGUCCUGUCCAGAUCGGACCUAUGGUGCAAAUAACACCAUGGUGUGCGCUCUGUGCGAAGACAAACGAUGCGAAAUCUGUGACCAGUUCCAGUGCUACUGGUGUGAAGAGGGAUUCUACAUCUACGAUGGAAGGUGUGUGGAUCACUGCGUGGAAGGUUUUUUUGUGGAUGAGGAGAGCCGGGAAUGUGAGCCAUGUCACCGUGCCUGUCGUACAUGCGGAGGGCCACAGUAUGAUGACUGUGACUCUUGUGAGGACGGAUUCACACUGGAGAACGGGGAGUGUUUGGAGGGCAAAAACUUGGCCCCGUGCCCUGAGAAAUACUUCAGAAACAGUGAAGAUGACUGUGAGCUGUGUCAUACUUUCUGUAAGACUUGCUCUGCUGCAGGGAGGUCGGACUGCAGCAGCUGCUAUCCAGGUCGUUUUUUGACUCCUCGACAGACCUGCGCGUCUCAUUGUCCAUUCGGUAUGUUUGCCAACAAUGUGUCCAGCCAUUGUGAAGACUGCUCGAAAGGGUGUACCGUUUGCCAGGACGCCCAGCAGUGCCAGCGCUGUCGCAAAGGGCUUUACCUGCACAAUGGAGUGUGUGUGGUGAAGUGUCAGAGAGGGUUUCCUCAAGGUGGUGUAUGCCAGCCGUGUGCCCCAGAGUGUGCAUCCUGCCAGGGGAAUUCCUCUCAUUGUCUCAGCUGUGAGAGACAGUACUUGCUGCUGGAAUGGUCUUGCAGGUCACACUGUCCAGAGGGCUAUUACGCCACCGAGAGAGAAUGCCGCCGGUGUCCAGCUCACUGUAGCGAGUGCAAUCAGGACGGCCUGUGUAAAAAGUGUGCUGAGUACUACUUCCUCCAUGAGGAUAAAUGUGUGGAUGAUUGUCCUGGUGGCUACUUUGCUAGUGAGCAGCAUCAUGAGUGCGUGCGUUGCUAUGCUGAUUGUGCCUCGUGUGACGGACCAGGCUUUGAUGACUGUGAUGAGUGUCACAACCCGAAAGCCGUCCGUUACAAUGGGGAGUGUCUGGCUGAGUGUACCAACAGCACUUACUAUGAUGAGACUACCAAUGAAUGCAGAGAUUGUGACAGGUCGUGUCUGACCUGCUCGGGCCAUGAGCCCUCAUCCUGCCUCAGCUGUGAUGCCAACAGACGUAAAGAUGCUAGUGGACACUGCGUGUGGCUCAGUCAGUGCUCUCUGCACUCAUACAUGGACCAGAAUGAACGGUGCCAACCAUGCCACAAACUCUGCCAUCGCUGUUCAGGGCCGGGAAAAGAUCACUGCCUCAGCUGCACAGAGACGCACUUCCUACUGAACAGCACAUGCGUGCUGGAGUGCCCUGUGGGUUACUAUGCCAAGGACAGUGAUGAACGUGAGUGCGAGCGCUGCCACUUUAGCUGUGAGUCCUGCGUCGGUCGUCACAGUGUGCAGUGUGUCACCUGCAAACCUGGAUUCUUCAAGCACGGAAGCAGCUGUGUUGAAACUUGUUCAGAAAGUCACUUUGGCAAUACCACCACCAUGGUUUGUGAGCGCUGUGAUCCCUCUUGUAGCCAAUGCCGGGGUCAGAGUAACAGAAACUGUCUGAGUUGUCGUGAGGGCUACGUCUACCUGAGGGGGCAGUGCCUGCAGAGCUGCCCUCCAAACUACUACAAACACAGCUGGUCCAAGACCUGUCACAGGUGUCACCCCACCUGUAAAACCUGCAGUGAUGAAGGUGCUCUACAAUGUCAGUCCUGUUAUGAAGGCUACACAUUUAUGAGCGGCAUCUGCGAAUCCCAGUGUCUCGUAGGCUUCUAUGCUGCUUCACAGGCCUCUAAGUCUAAGAGUGAUACACCAGACUGCAAAGUGUGUGAUUCCUCCUGUCUGGACUGCCGAGGUCCCAGCAUGUGGAACUGCACUGUUUGCCCUGCACUCCAGAUUUUGUCUGAUGAUGGCCGCUGCUUGAGCUGUUGUGGAAACGAGAUGCGACACGAUGAUAAGCCAAUACCCAGGGAAUGUUGUGACUGCAGGGCCUCACAAGAGGAGUGCAUCCUAGGUGUCAACUUUGUGUUGAGGAACGCUGAGGAUUUAGAAGCUCAACGCAGCACCACCAAACUCUUUGUCACUGCUUGUGUUCUACUUAUCCUGUCUGUGGGCGGAGGGCUCUUCCUCUUCCUCUCUGCCCGAUCCAAAUCACUCGCCAUCGCACCCAAAACCAAAGCUGGAGGAUAUGAGAAACUGAAUACUGGAUGCAAUGGAGGUGUCACCUCACAAUUCACCACCUCUUCAUUUGGAGAGUAUAGUGACCGGAUCAUUGAAUGUGAGAAUGAUCAAGAAGAAGAAGAUGAUGAUGAUGAUAUAGUAUACAUGGCACAAGAUGGAACGGUGUAUAUGAAAUUCAAAUAUGGACUCCUGGAGGAUGAAGAUGAGAUCGAGCUAGAGUAUGAUGAUGAGAGCUACUCCUACAGAUGAAAUGAAUGCCCUUGACUGGAAGGAAUUCCUCUACCUCAUGUAUCAGUGCAGUCGAAGUUUGUUGUGAGAUUUGUUUCUUGUUUGAAAAGUGCUUGAAAGGGGAGCAGUCUUCAGAUUAAUGGUGUUGAUGUUUAUUUAAUCCUUGUUUGUUAGCUCAUUUAGCAGGUAGAGCAGAUGUGGGUGAAGAAUGGUAACAAGAAUUCUUUAUUUAGACCAAGAUGAUUUUCAGUGAUGUUAUUAGGGCUGACACCAAUCUAAGCCAUUUGAUUCAUACCAGCCAGUUACCAAGAUUUAUGACAUACAGCACAAACUAUAUGCAAGUCUCUCUAAGACUUAUAAUUAAUCUAAUCAACAUUUUCCUGUUAAACUAUAUUUCUACAGGCCCCCAUGGCAACUUUUGACCAUUUCUGUGGCAAUAAUCAGAUUGUUUCAUGUGUGUCGGGUUGUAGUUGACAUUAUUUGAUCCAAAUUGUACUGCUUACAUUCUAUUUUUCCAAUAAACUCAGAUUACAUAAA